GGAUUCUACCAGCUCCUGUUGCUCAAACUGGCACCAUUCGUCUGUGGUCUCCACAGUUCAUUGGCCGAUUCGGACGAAAAAGUGAUCCGCAUCAGCGCGCACCGACUGAACCAGCUUCGAGUCUCGAUUCGGUCGAGAAACACAUUCUCAGACUCAGAAUCCGUGCCAUUCUGGGGCCCACCUCUGCGGGCUAGGCGUCAGGCCACACGUUGUUUGGCAGCAGCAUGUGCCGAAGCGCUGGUCGAGGGGACUCCACUUUGCCUCUCAAUUCCAUUUGAGCCUCGCUUUUUGUCCAGCAAACCGAGGCCUCUGGGACCGAUGCAAUUGUACCUUGAUUACCUGUUUGUCCGUCUGUCCGUCUGUCCGUAUGUCCGUCUGCCACCGCGGCUCGUCCAGUUCGACUCUCGGUCUCUCGUCGAUUCGACUCCUCCAUCCUGCCAGACUGUGACGCGCCUCGCUGAAGCCCGUCGUCGUGGUAUCGGUCUGGGGUUGUCGAGACCCUUUCGACUCCGGGUCGAGUGUGUAGUCAAGACGGCGAACUGCUGCAGUAGAGGCCGUCUUUGCCACGAUAGCACAUCCAACCCAAAAGGCCACCUUUCUUGCCCACUCGGACAACACUUGGCCACGCCUCAAUCGGCAGAUGCGCAGGAAUUUUCACUUGAAAUAGGCGUUUAA